CUCCGGCUCUCCGCCUUACAGAACCAGACAAAUCUGCCUUUGGCAAUCCCACGGGAGCAAUAGUAAAAAAAAGGGAAUAUCUUUAAUGUUUGUGAUCAAGCCCUCUUGGUCUUGUACGCUCGAUCUUUGCCGGGAAAUAUCCAAGUAUUUCAUAUAUUUUUGUUGGCAUUAAUGGCAGUCUCUGAGGUUUCGGAGGAGAAGCGAACAAAUAUGGAAAGCUCGUAAAGCACUUCAUUUCUUUCCAUUUCUUGAGAUACCCUGCUUUGUGUGACCUAUCCUCAUUUAUAAUCCGUCCCAUUUGUUCAACAUGAUGAAUCGAUAAGUCAGAAACCCACCAGCUCCUCCAUCGUUCUUCUUCUUUUAUGAACUGGGUUUUCAGGUAUACUGAUGAUGCCCUUGUAAUAUCAAUUUAUGCCUGGGGAAAAUAAGAGAGGAAAAGGAAACAGCCAUUUGAUUGUCCAAACAGAUGGUGCUUGAGGAAGUCUCUAGUUUGAUAUCAGCAAGCCAGCAGGAUACUGAAAUGCUAAUGGUACCCGUGGCAAGUGAUGUCCAUCUGGCACCGUCCCAAUCACCUUGUAGUUCUGCCUGUGCCUUCAGCAGCGCAGGAAAUACCACUUUGGAGUCAGAACAGCGAUCUGAGUCAGCAACGAAACUGUCUGUCCUCGUAAUCUUCUAUCUAAUAGUUAUGAUAGUAGAGAUUGUUGGUGGCCUAAAAGCCAACAGCCUUGCAGUGAUCACAGAUGCUGUGCACUUGCUUACUGAUGUUGCUGGAUUCUCCAUCUCUCUGUUCGCGGUCUGGGCUUCAGGUUGGGAGGCAACAUCUGACCAAUCUUUUGGAUAUAGCCGUCUUGAAGUUUUUGGCGCCUUUAUAUCAGUGCAGCUCAUAUGGCUCAUUUCUGGAAGCUUAAUAUAUGAAGCGGUUAACAGGAUUCUUCAUAAACAUUCUGAGGUGAACGGGGCACUGAUGUUUUCGGUUGCAGCAUUUGGAUUUUUCAUUAACUUAAUCAUGGUUAGUUGGCUGGGUCACAACCAUGCUCAUCACGCUUGUGUAGACAAAGAUCACAACCACGCUCAUCAUGAUCACAACCACGCUCAUCAUGCUUGUGUGGACGAAGAUCACAACCAUGUUCACAAUCAUGAAGACGAGCUAUAUGCAAAAGAUGAAGUAGAGAAUGCUAAGCUGGUGUCUAGUCCUCCAGCAGAAUCAAAAAUACUAAACAUAAAUCUCGAGGGGGCUUACUUGCAUGUCAUAACUGAUCUGAUUCAGUCAAUUGGGGUGAUGAUCGCGGGAGUCGUUAUAUGGGCUAAACCAAAUUGGUUAGUGGUUGAUCUAAUCUGCACACUUGUUUUCUCUGUUCUUUCUUUGAGUGCAACCCUACCCAUGCUUAGAAAUAUAUUUUGUAUACUGAUGGAGAGGACACCUUCCGAGAUCGAUGUUGCUAGCCUGGAAAGUGGUUUGAAGAGUAUUAAGGGAGUUAGAAAUAUUCAUGACCUGCAUGUUUGGGCGAUAACAGCUGGAAAGUAUGUGUUGUCUUGCCAUUUGGUAGCUGAGCCCGGAGUUAGCUCUAAUGAAGUACUGUGCAAGGUUAGAGACUAUUGUGAAACAACAUACAGAAUUCGUCACAUUACUGUACAAGUUGAACAAUAGUUUUCAUGUUUUUAUUUUUCCGCAACAUCAAGAUGGCAUUUCUAUGUAAUAAAGCAGUUUACUCUUUUUCCUA